CAAAAUACAACAUUAGGGCUUUGGCUUCUCGCACAAAACUGAAGCUGAAGUAGAGAAGAAUUUGACAAUGGCGAGUAAAUUAAAAAGCCUUAGCAAAAGCCUGAACCCUAAUUGGGCGCAGCUCCUCGAGAAGCUGAAAACCAGUGGCUCCAAGCAUUCGCGCAGAUCGAAUGAGGAAACUCAGAGAAGUAUAUUAGGGAAACGCCAACGCCAGGAGAGAUCAGAUGAGGAUUCGGUUGCGGGAAAGCCUAAUCCAUUGAUUCCUACUUCGUCUGACUGCAGUGUCACAGAUGUGGUGGCAAUGGAUUGUGAAAUGGUUGGUGUCAGUUCACAGGGCAACAAGAGUGCACUUGGGAGAGUUACCCUGGUAAACAAGUGGGGAAACGUUAUAUAUGAUGAGUAUGUUCGCCCAGUGGAGUAUGUUGUUGACUUCCGUACACAAAUAAGUGGAAUUCGACCACAUGACUUGAGGAAAGCCAAGAAUUUCAAUGUUGCUCAGAAGAAAGUGGCUGAGGUUAUCAAGGGCAGGAUCAUCGUUGGACAUGCCUUGCGGAAUGAUCUAAAAGCAUUGUUGUUGUCACAUCCAAAGACGGAUAUACGAGACACAGCAGAAUAUGCACCUUAUCUAAAGGACGGACGAAGCCGCUCCCUCAAGAAACUUGCUGCCGAGUUUCUCAAUGUUGAAAUUCAAAAUGGCGAACACUGCCCGAUAGAAGAUGCCCGGGCAGCAAUGAUGCUGUAUCAGAAGAACCGAAAACAAUGGGAAAAGAGCGUCAAGGAUUUAAAAAGACUGAUGAAGAAACAAAAAAGACGAAAGCAUAAAAAGAAGCCGAGGGGCGUAGAAGAAUCAGGUGAAGAAAAUGCUGUAGCUGUUUCUUAGCAUUACAGAAUCUGUGUAUCUGUCCAAACUCGGUUGGAAGAAACCAGUUCUAUGGUGAGUUUGAAAUAGUCUUCGGCUGAAUUUAGGGAGGAGGGGUGGAUCUUUGAGUUUUCGGGUUUUAUAAAAAUACCCCUUUUGUUGUGAUUAAAAAUGUAUGACUACUAUUAAGCAGUGGCUUGGAUCGUAUGGAUUUUACUUUUUUAAAAUAGAUUUUGAAUUCAUAAUGUUGUAUUUGAUGAGAAAAAGGAUAUUUAAAAAUUUAUUUUUAUUAUUGGGGUAAAAUGAUUUG